AUGGGGGAGCGGCGGGCCGCGUCCUGGAGGCGGAGCCGGAAGUCGAGCUGCGGCGCUUUGGGCUGCAGCUGUCCGUCAGGCGGGUCGUGCUGCUGCGGCUGCUCUUGGCCUCGGCCGCCGGGUCCCCGGUCUCUGGGUCUCCAUGGCAGCCGCAGCCAUUGCAGCUACCGGCGUCUCAUCAACAAUUUCGAGGAGGUCCUGAGGCGGCGGCUGCGGGGUCGCUUCAGCUCUGCAUGGUUGUCCCCGUCCCUCAAGAACGAAGUAAUAGUCUCUACUGAAAGAAAAUUACCACCAGCAACUGAAGCACUUCUGUUAUCUCAAAAGCACAAGCAGAAAAUGAAAGGGGAUACCGUGAAUGUCCGCCGCAGUGUCCGAGUAAAAACCAAAGUCCCCUGGAUGCCCCCGGGCAAAACAUCCAUCAGAGAGUCAUCUUACAAGUGGGAGGGACCAACUCAUCGCCUGGAAGUCACUCCUCCAAAUUCAGAUAAGUUACUGUCAGUGCUUCGCUUGAGUGACCUUUCUACAGAAGAGGAAGACACCGUUCACUGCAAGAUGAAUAAGUAUGAGAAGAAGAUAGACAGCUUGCUGAACGUGGUGGGCACGUUAAAAAAUGAGUGUUCACAAGUCAAAGUACCGAAGCGGGAAGAGUCGCGAUGUGUGGCCAAGCGUCUACUUGAAGAGCAGAAGGAAGAGCUGGAUGAGGUCACUCAAGAACUGGUGGAGACGGAACAUGAGAACACUAUUCUCCGGCGCAAUAUUGAACGUAUGAAAGAGGAGAAAGAUCUUACCGUCCUGCAGAGGCGGCAUUUGCAACACGAGAAAGAGUGCCUGAUGACCAAGCUCGUUGAGGCGGAGAUGGAUGGAGCAGCGGCAGCGAAGCAGAUCGAAGCCCUGAAGGAUAUGAUCAACAAGCUGAAAACGGAGAAGCACAUGACUGUUUCCGACAUCAACACGCUCACCAGGCAGAAAGAGCUGCUGCUGCAGAAGCUGAAUACGUUUGAGGAAACCAACCGGACGCUCCGAGACCUGCUUCGAGAGCAGCAUAAUCGGGAGAAAGAUGCUCAGAAGUUGGUGGAACAGCAGGCGUCGCUGAUGAAGAGGCUGAAUGAUUCUGAUGCAGAGAAAGCGCAAUUGUUAAAGAAGCUGCAGGAGAAAGAAAAGGAAGUGGAGGAGCUCUUGGUUCAGAUACAGACAGAAAAGGACCAAGCAAAGACAGCAUCUGAACUCUCCAAAUCUAUGGAAGCUGUGAGGGGCCAUUUGCAGGCUCAGCUGCGCAACAAAGAAGCUGAGAAUAACCGCCUGAAUAUCCAGAUCAAGAACCUGGAGCGUGCCGGGUCUCAACACAAGAUAGAGGUGGAGCACAUCAUGGAACAACUGAAGGAGCUGAGGGACAAAGGGGAGCGUGAUAAGGAGGCCCUGAAGAAAGCUAUCCGUUCGCAGAAAGAGCGAGCAGAGAGGGCCGAAGAAUACGCAGAUCAGCUGAAUGCCCAGCUGGCAGAAAAGGACACCUAUGUGUCUGACGCACUCUCUACCCUGGAGUCUUGGAGAAGUCGGUACAACCAAGUGGUCAAGGAGAAAAGCGAUCUGGAGCUGGAGAUAGUCAUGUUGAACAGUCGAAUUACAGACCUGAUGGAACAGCAGGACAACAUAGAAGGCAAAAUGCGGGACGACAGAGAUGCCUUGGUGGACAAACUGCAUCGGCAGGUCACGGAGAGCACCUCUUUCAAACUGGAGAAUGAGAGGUUGAAGAACAGCAUGGUCCCUCUGGAGGAGAAAUUGAAUAAAGCUCAGGCGGAAGUGGCCCAGCUCAAAACGUCACUCAAGAACUACGAAGGGGUGAUUGAAACCUACAAGAAUCAGGUGAUGAAAACUCGAAUGGAAGCCGAUGAGGUGACGGUGAAACUGGAGCUCUGUGACAAAGAGAACAAAACACUUAAAGAAGAAAUGAGCAAAGAGAUUGAAAAUGCUCGUAAGGAGUUCCGGUAUCAGAUUGCCGAGCUGGAAAGGCUUCCCGAGAUCCUGAAGCUCACAGAGUCCAAACUGUCCGAGUGUCAGGAUCAGCUCAAGAGUUAUGAGAAAAAGAACGCCGACCUGUCGGCCAUGAUUACGGAUCUCCGUCAGCGGAUCGAAUUCCAGGGAGACAAAAUGGAGAUGACGAGAGAGAAGUAUCAGUCAGCCCAGGAAGAGAACAAGCACCUGAUCCUCAAGUUGGAAGAAAUGGAAAGGAAGUUUGAAGCUACAAGCGCUCAGAACAUAGAAUUCCUCCAGGUCAUUGCCAAAAGGGAGGAGUCAAUCCAUCAGUCCCAGCUGCGAUUAGAGGAGAAAACCCGGGAGUGUGGCUCCUUGGCACGCCAGCUCGAGAUGGCCAUUGACGAUUCCAAGAGGCAGCUGGAACAAACGAAGGACCGAGCGGCAUCAAGAGAGAGAGCAGCCCACUCCAAGAUGCUGGAUCUGGAGACCCAGCUGAGCCGGAUGAAGACGGAGCUCAAUCAGCUGCGCAGGGGCAAAGAUGAUGCAGAGCGUCGAUACGAAAGCCACCUCCAGGACAUGAAGGACCGCUUGGAGCAGUCGGAGAGCACCAAUCGCAGCAUGCACAACUAUGUCCAGUUCCUCAAGUCCUCUUAUGCCAACGUCUUUGGAGACAGUGCCUUGACAAGCUCCCCAAUCCGUCCCCGAUCACCCUUCUGAUGAGAACCUUUCCCUGCCCCCCCCCAACAGCCAAAACCCUGUUGCUACAAGCCCAACGACAGAUGCUGGGGGGAUUUACUUAAAGCCAUAUCUUGUUUAGAAAAAUGGACAAGUAU